UCGCCCCGCGCCCGCAUGGCUCCGCUGGCCGAGGUGGGCGGCUUCCUGGGCGGCCUGGACGGCCUGGGGCAGCCGGUGGGUGCCCACUUCUUGCUGCCGCCCGCCGGGGAGCGCCCGGCGCUGCUCGGGGACCGCCGCGCCCCGGCCGAGCGGGGGGAGCGCCGCGCCCCGGCCGCGGCAGCGGCGGCGGAGCUGGCGCACUUGCAGGGCAUCCUGCGGCGGCGGCAGCUCUACUGCCGCACCGGCUUCCACCUGCAGAUCCUGCCCGACGGCAGCGUGCGGGGCACCCGCCAGGACCACAGCCUCUUCGGUAUCCUUGAAUUCAUCAGUGUGGCAGUGGGACUGGUCAGUAUUAGAGGCGUGGACAGUGGCCUUUACCUUGGAAUGAAUGAGAAGGGAGAACUCUAUGGCUCUGAGAAACUAACUUCUGAGUGCAUCUUCAGGGAGCAAUUUGAGGAAAACUGGUACAACACUUACUCAUCCAACGUCUACAAACAUGGGGAUUCAGGGCGGAGGUACUUUGUAGCACUUAAUAAAGACGGUACUCCCAGAGAUGGGGCAAGGUCCAAAAGACAUCAGAAAUUCACACAUUUCUUGCCCCGGCCUGUGGAUCCUGAAAGAGUUCCAGAACUGUACAAAGAUGUAUUAGGAUACAGCUGAGCAAAGAGGCAGCUUUGGCAAAUAUGCAGCUGUUGCCUGUGCUUUCAUGGCGAUGCCAGCAUGAGGAACCUGCAGCAGUCGAGGAUGCUGGAUGUG